AUGUUUCGAAGCCGGCACGCCGGCCCAGCCUGUGGUGCCCACGGCUCAGGCUUUUGCUCGGAGGACGACCACUUGGUCAGCAGCGUCUUCGGCAUUAAUGUUUAUCUGAGGCCGCCUGACAGACCUGAUCGUCGGAGGGCGGUAGAGCGGAGGCGAGGGGGGGUGGCUGGCCCGAAUGCAUGCGGAUCGCAGCAGCUGGAUCCAGUUUCGUCCUGUCGCCAACAUGGAAGCCCACUCCCUCAUUGA